UGUGUGGAAAAGAAAAAAGAGAAAAAAUGAAGUGUGUAUUCUUAAUAUUUUUCACUAAUUUAUUACCACAGUAUGCUGGGAAAUCUUUGGGAAGAGAUGACAGUUACCAGAAGACAUUUGAAGACACUGAAAAUGAAAUAGCUGGCUAUACUGAUAUAGCUAAAGCUAUUAUUGAUCUUGCUGUUCAUGGAAAAGCUCAGAACAGAUCCUAUGAAAGAUUAGCAGUUUUUGCUGAUGCCAUAGGUCCUAGACUCAGCGGUUCAAAAAACCUAGAUGCCGCCAUCAAGUAUAUGUUCAGUGCCCUGCAGAAAGACGGGCUGGAAAAUGUGCAUCUGGAGCCUCUGAAAGUCCCGCACUGGGAAAGAGGAGAAGAGUUUGCAGUGAUGCUGGAACCAAGGAAUCACAGCAUUGCUAUUUUGGGACUUGGGAACAGUGUUGCAACUCCUCUGGAAGGAAUUAAGGCGGAAGUCAUAGUGGUAGCCUCUUUCGAUGAACUGCGCCAAAGAGCUCAGGAGGCCAAGGGGAAGAUUGUUGUCUACAACGAACCUUUCAUCAGUUAUGGUGAAACUGUGCGAUAUAGAUCACUGGGAGCAGUGGAAGCUGCUAAAGUUGGAGCAGUGGCAUCCCUCAUUAGAUCCGUUGCUUCUUUUUCUAUUUAUAGCCCACAUACUGGGUGGCAGAAUUACCAACCUGAUGUGCCCCGGAUUCCCACUGCUUGCAUUUCUGUGGAAGAUGCUGAAAUGAUGUCGCGGAUGUCUUUCCAGGGCGCUAAGAUUGUUGUGCACCUGAAGAUGAGGCCUAAGACUUAUCCAGACUCUCUUUCCUUUAACACCGUGGCAGAGAUAGUUGGAAGCAAGUACCCAGAGCAGAUUGUAUUGGUCAGUGGACAUCUGGACAGCUGGGAUGUUGGGCAGGGAGCUAUGGAUGAUGGUGGUGGAGCAUUUAUAUCAUGGGAAGCAUUAUCACUCAUUAAGGAUCUGGAUGAAUCUUCAUGGAGUCACAGAUAG